AUGGCCGCUGCCGUCGCGUCCCUUUUUGGGUACAAGGAAAAUAAACCCACGCUUGAUGUCAAAGCACCAGUUGAGCCGCCAAAGGCGCUGCCGGCCUCUUGGUAUCGCUCGCCAGAGAUGUACGAGCUCGAGCGACGAGCGAUCUUCUCCAAAAAAUGGAUUCUCAUCACCCACAAACUGCGUUUCGAGAAGCCCGGUGACUUCCUCCGCUUCCAUGAAGCGGGAUUCUCAUUCUUCCUCUGCCAAGAUCGACAAGGCAAUAUCAACGGUUUCCACAACAUCUGUCGUCAUCGCGCCUUCCCUCUCGUCCAAGAAGAUGAAGGCAACGUGAAGAUUCUCUCAUGCAAGUACCACGGCUGGUCCUACGGUCUGAACGGAAACCUGGCCAAGGCACCACGCUUCGACGACGUGGAGGGUUUUCAAAAAGAGAACCAGGGUCUUCUGCAUGUGCAUGUACACAUCGAUGAGCUCGGAUUUAUCUGGGUGAAUCUUGACGCUUCUUCAACUCCCGUUCCCUGGGAAGUUGAUUUCAAGGGCGUUGAUACCCAAGAGCGAUUCCAGAAGUUCGAUUUCAGCAAGUACAAGUUCGAUCAUACAUGGCAUAUGGAUGGUGAUUAUAACUGGAAGACGCUGGCGGAUAACUACAAUGAAUGCUACCACUGCACAGUGGCCCAUCCCGACGUGGCUAAUCUGACCGACUUGUCAUAUUACUAUACUAUUUCCAAGGCGGGACAUAUUCAGCACUUCGCACGACCAAAGGAGGAUAAAGUGGAGGAGGAUAUCCAGAAUGCCAGCACCUAUUACUUUCCGAAUGCUUGCAUGACUGUCUCUCCUCACUUCUUCUACAUGAUGCGCUGCGUACCCACAUCAGUAAACACCUGCUCGAUGGAAUAUGAAGUAUACCGACACACCGAAUCAUCAAAUGAAGACUUUGAAUACAUCGAUAGCUUCUUCAAGCGAGUUCUCACAGAAGAUAAAUAUCUUUGCAACGCUGCCCAGAAGAACCUGAAUGCCGGUGUGUUUGUAAACGGCCAACUGCACCCUGAGCUCGAGAGCGCACCGCUCUUCUUCCAAAAUACUGUUCGCUCGCUCCUCACAUCGCAUCGACGGGACGAGCAAAAAGAAAGCAGAGACAUAUGGCCCGCUCGUCAGAGCACCGCCGGCUCGGCGACUGCGGAGGAUAUGGACUUUUGCUCGGGACUGGCGUGUUCGGCGGAGAAGAGCGAGCUGGAGUGGUGA